CAGACGCAUGCGCAUCGUGCAAACAGCGCAUUCAGGCGGGUGUUGGGUGCUGACACGUCCGUUAACCUGGUUAGUUUCUCCGGUAAAGUAAUGAUUCUCCGGUGCUGACGCCGUGAACUUAAGGUCCGGUGUGAAGUCACCGGAUGUUCUUAUCGGUAACGGUUAGAAGUUAACUGCAUUCUCUGUGUUUUUUUUACCCCUUAACUGUUCAUUGCUAGCAGUUAGCCGCUAAAACGCACAGCUAACUGCUAAGGUUUGCCAGGAAGCUAACGUUAGCAUCGACUGAAGCUACGAACGUCCCGGUGGAGCUCAGGAUGGAAACACUCAGUCGGGACGACUGUCUCUGUCCUGUCUGUCUGGAGAUCUUCAUGGAGCCGGUUACCCUGCCCUGUUCACACACCUUCUGCAAGGCCUGCUUCCUGGAGUCGGUGGAUAAGGCCACGCUGUGCUGCCCUCUCUGCAGGAGGAGAGUCUCCACGUGGGCUCGUCUGAACAGCAGAACCAACUCUCUGGUGAACCAGCAGCUGUGGCAGCAGAUCCAGGACCGGUUUCCUCUGCAGUGUCAGCGGCGCCUCAGCGGCCAGGACGCCGUGGAUGAUGACCGCCCAGUGUCUGUGUGUCUUCAUAGACUCAGUGAACCUGGCGAGUUGCGUCAGGAAUACGAGGACCAGAUCACCAAACUGACAGAGGAGAAGCGAGUUCUGGAGGAGCAGCAGAGGAGAGCCAGCGAGGAGCUGAUCCAGAGGCUGCUGGAGGAGGAGAAGGAGCUGCUGCAGGAGGAGAAGAGGAAGAGGCAGGAGGACGAGAGGCUGGCCAGGCUGCUCAGUACCCAGCUGAACUCUGCUCCCGUCCCUCAGCAGAACCUUCGUCCUGAUGUGACUGCAGCCCAGAAGAAGAAGGAGGUCGGACAGAUCGAGCGGUUCCUGUGUCCUCGGGCUCCGCCCACCUGCAGCCUUCAGUCCAAUAAGGAGAACAUCCUGGUCUCUGAGGGUGCACUGCAGCCGGAGCUUCCUCACCUGGACUAUUAUGGACCUCAAACGGAGCUCCGCCCCCUACAGGAGGAGGACCAGCUGACCACACCAGGAGGCCCCUCAGCCAAGAGGAAGAAUUCUGAGCUGGACACCACAGAAGAAGAGGUGAAUGACAUCACCAAGCGAAGGUGCCACCCGUCCUCUCUGGAGGCGGGGCUGGUCCUGCAGGGUGCCGCCCAGCGGGAGACGGAGCUUCAGGACCGAUGGCAGCAGGAGGAGGAGGACCGGAGACUGGCUCUGCUGCUGCAGAAGGAGCUGGACAAGGAGGAGAGACAGAAGGCCAUCGACAGACGCAAAGGGUCCGCCAACGCCCACCUGCUCCGCCAGCGCCGACAGACGAGGAACGAGGCCGGCAGCUCCGGUACCAAGAGUCUGAACAGGGUCGAGUCCACCAGCAGCUCCAGCGCUUCUCCGAAGACCUCACCCUUCAGAAGCCGGAAACAGAAGACCCUGACGGAGAUGUUCUCCAGUCUGAGCAGCUGAGCCUAUCUCCUCCAUCAGAGCUGUUUCUACUUCCUGUUGCUGCUGUGAAUAAAAACUGUUGACACACGGACACUAAUUUUCUUUCACUUUCAAUUUUUUGUGGCCAAAGUCUGCAGACAUUGUCCAUCUGUGAGACUGCAGCUGUCUGCAUCCUCUGAGCCUCAUUAAAGCAGACAGUGACUGCUGCAGCGCUGAGUGUCCAACAGGGGGCGCUUCAUGUUGGAAUCAUGGAGCACUUCAACUCACCUGUAGAUUGUAAAGCUGGAAGUCUUCUCAGAUGUUGUGUGUAACAUGAACAUGCGUGUUCGUCUCCACACGCAGCAGAGUGUAAGAUGUACUGAGGCACUAAGACACUCUCACAGGUUCCAGAUGUUUUCAGGUGUUUUUCUUCAGAACAUGGAGGUGUACAGCUCACCUGUAGGCCACCUCACAGCUAAGUAACCAAUAGGGUUCCAGCUCUGUAUAGCCCCGCCCCCUCACUGCUUCCAGGUUCCAGCAGGUUUAUUUGCUUUCUACAGCUGCUUCUGCUAAACUCAGAAAUGUGUGAACCUGUUGGUCAGGGACGGUUUUCUUCCUGAAAGUGGGCUGGGCUUCAGCUCUCAGAACUGUUGGAAUGUGAUUGGUUCUUGUGUUUGCUGAUGUUUCCACCUGGAGAUCUGUCAAGCUGCAUGUCCACUAGAUGCGAUUUCCCCGCACGGCAACACACCGCAUCUGAACAUCUCACGGCUGGUGGGCGGUCACUAGCAGACCACAACGUGGUCACGUGACCGAGCUUUCAGCUUGACUGUCCAGCAGGCAUGUCAGAUAAACACAGCGGCUCGGCCACAAACUUUCCCUUUGAUUUCUAAAACACUUCAGCGAAAAGUAUUUCUGAAAGCAUUUGAGGAGAGAAAUAAUCUGCAGCAGCUGAAUCUGUCCUGGUUUUAUUUCACUGAUGGUUAGUUUAGAUGUUUGAGGACAGUUUCAGGAUGCGUGGAAUCUCUGCUCUACUUUGUGCAAAUGAGCUGCAGGUAAACACACCUGAUCACAGAUGAAAUCCACCACAACCGGACCAAAAUGCCACAUGUGGGGUGUUUCCAGCUGUGAUCAGGUGUGUUUACCUGCAGCUCAUUUGCACAAAGUAGAGCAGAGAUUCCACGCAUCCUGAAACUGUCCUCAAACAUCUAAACUAACCAUCAGUGAAAUAAAACCAGGACAGAUUCAGCUGCUGCAGCUUAUUUCUCACCUCAAAUGCUUUCAGAAAUACUUUUCGCUGAAGUGUUUUUGUAAUAAUAUACAAAGUUUGCAGCCGAGCCGCCAUGUUGGUCCGGUUUGAAAUCCAGGAGCAGACCAGCCCCCGAGUCGAUGCGUUUGUCCAAUCAGGGGAGGAAAGCAGCUUAAAGAAGGUGUUGAACACAGUUCACUGUGGAGGAGAAGCUUCUAACAGCUGGAUCUGAGCACGGAUGGUAACCAUCAGUGUUUUAGAAAUAAAAGGGAAAGUUUGUGGCCGAACUGCUGUGUUUAUCAGACUGAUCUGUUGGACUGUCAGCUGAAAGCUCGGUCAUGUGACCACGCUGUGGUCCAUUAGUGACCGCCCACCGGCCGUGCGCUGUUCAGAUGCGGUGGGUUGCCGUGUGGGAAAAUCUCAUCUAGUGGACACGCACCUUCAGACUCCUCCCCCUUCUCCUUACCUGUCUCUUGCCUUUGUUUUAGUUUUCACAUUUUCAUAUUACAAAAUAAUAAAAAGUUCUCAAAGAAAGAAUAAACAUGUAAAAAGUU